AUGGACGAAAACUACGACGUCAUAGUCUUAGGUACUGGAUUAACAGAAUGUGUAUUAUCAGGUAUACUUUCAGUUGAAGGUAAAAAAGUUUUACAUAUAGAUAGACAAGAUUUUUAUGGAGGAGAAUCGGCUUCAUUAAACUUAUCACAAUUAUAUGGAAAAUUUAAACCUUCUGCACAAAAACCUGAAUUAAAGGGAAGAGAUAGAGAUUGGUGUGUUGAUUUAAUUCCUAAAUUUUUAAUGGCAAAUGGAGAAUUAUCAAAUAUUUUAGUUCAUACAGAAGUAACUCGUUAUAUUGAAUUUAAACAAAUUGCAGCAAGUUAUGUUUAUAGAAAUGGUAGAAUUGCAAAAGUUCCAUCUAAUGCGAAGGAGGCUUUGGCAUCUUCUCUUAUGGGGAUAUUUGAAAAAAGAAGAAUGAAACGAUUUUUGGAGUAUAUUCAAAAUUAUGAUGAAGAUGUAGCAUCAACUCAUCAGGGAUUUGAUUUAGAUAAAAAUACAAUGAAUGAAAUAUAUAAUUAUUUUGGAUUAGAAAAUGGUACAAAAGAUUUUAUUGGUCAUGCAAUGGCUUUAUGGUCAACAGAUGAUUAUUUAAAUGAAGUUGCAAGACCAACUUAUGAAAGAAUUCUUUUAUAUGCACAAUCAGUUGCAAAAUAUGGAAAAUCUCCAUAUAUUUAUCCAUUAUAUGGAUUAGGUGAAUUACCACAAGGUUUUGCAAGAUUGUCAGCAAUCUAUGGUGGUACUUAUAUGUUAGAUACUCCAAUUGAUGAAGUAUUAUAUGAUAAUGAUAAAUUCGCUGGUGUUAAAACAAAAGAAGGUACAGCAAAAGCUCCAAUUGUUGUUGCUGAUCCAACAUAUUUUCCAGAGCUUGUUAAAAAAACAGGUUCAAAAGUAAUUAGAGCAAUAUGUAUAUUAGAUCAUCCAGUACCAGGAGUUGAUUUAGACUCAUUACAAAUUAUAAUACCACAAAAUCAAGUUGGUAGAAAACAUGAUAUUUAUAUUGCUGUUUUAAGUGAUGUUCAUUGUGUUGUACCAAAGGGACACUUUUUAGCCAUUGUUUCAACAAUAAUUGAAACUGAAACUCCUCAUGUUGAAUUAGAACCUGCUUUCAAAUUAUUAGGACCAAGAAUUGAUACUCUUAUGGGAAUUGCUGAAUUAUACGAACCAACUGAUGAUGGAACUAAAAAUGGUAUAUAUCUUUCCAAGAGUUAUGAUGCUUCUUCACAUUUUGAAUCAACUACGGAUGAUGUUAAAGAUAUAUAUUUCCGUAUAACUGGUAAAAAUUUACAAGUUAAAAAAAGAGAGGAAGGUGUUGUAGCAGAAGAAUAG